AUCCAAUGUUCCUUUAAUAAACUGGCAUAAAAGUAAGAUGGAUCAGGUGAUCCUGGAUAGCAAAACAUGAGAUUUCCAAAUCCGUAUCAAUUUGAUCCAGAUUCAAUUUUUUGAAAAACUGGGCCCAGGGUGAUAAUUCUCUGUGGGUUCUUCCCUAUGAGUGACCCUUUUCAUAUUGUCAUUUGAUACAUUGUUAUUAUAUAAAUAUAAAUCCUAGCCGCUUUAAAACAGCUAUGUCAAAGCAACAUCUCAGUAUUAGUAUCAAAGUGAACUAUCUGCAUUUUUAUUUACAUAUGCUUAAUUUAAAUUGUUCAUCAACAUAUCAGUAGUGGAGAUGAAGAAAAACAGUGUAAUUUAGUGCACUAUAUUAAGUCGGUGACGUAUGUAUUGCAUUUCAAUUAUUUGCUUUACAUUCACUGUAUUGAGAUCACAGAUACUGAUACAAGCAAUAGCACUGAAACUAAUGAAACGCAUGUUUCUCUUCUCUUUAUGUCUGUCUACAGCCCUUGACUUCCUCUCUCGUACAGUCAAAACCACAAAAGCAAGGUACAUAGUUAAGAUCUUAACUAGGUGUUAUUUCAUUUGCAAGGUUGUGCAGGGAGUGAAGCAUGAUGAAACACUUAACCAUUGUUUAGGUUUCUGAAUGCUAAGAUAGACAGAGCCUGGAGGGACUACCCAGAAUAAGAAAAUACUAGAGCUGGCACUUUCUCAAUAAGAAUGAAGACCAUUUAUAUCUUCUACUGUCUUCUAUAUGCUGCUGGGAUAGAGGGAACAGACAUCAAUGUAGAGGGAUUCGAGGGAGAAGAAGUCUCGUUUCAGUGUUCCCACAGACUUGCGUGGAGAAACAACAAAUACUUCUGCAAGGAUCCAUGUAAAGGAAUUGAAGAUAUACUGGUUACUGUACAAUCUGGUAGAAGAGUGGAGUCAGGGAGGAUAGCUCUGGUGGACUCGGGGGACGGAGUCUUCACUGUGACCAUCAGUCAGCUCCAGCUGUCAGACUUGGGGAGAUACUGGUGUGCAGUGGACAGGCCUGGUUUUGAUACAUUCACUGCAGUACAUCUCACUGUAAAGGAAGUAUAUACCACUGUUCCAUAUACCGAUGAGACAAAGACCGUCAUACCUGAACCUUCUCCUACAUGGACACAUCAGAAUAUUUCCAACUCCACGCAAUUUACAUCUGGAAUGGACACCAGUAGGCCUGCAAACUUUUCAACAGCCUUGAACAGCACUAAUGGAGGACAGAACACCAUCACAGGCACCGUGUUGUACGCUACAGUCGGGGCUGUUGCCGUGCUCACUAUGUGGGUGCUGACAGCAAUGCUCGUCAGGAACCGCAGAGAAAACGGCAAACUUCAACCACAAGUUUGCUCCGACAGCACCGACCUCGUCAGUGCAGAUAAAAGAGGGGGCAACACUAAUGAAGUGCAGUCGUUUACAAAGUUAUCGGAGAGGUUCUCUCGUACUCACCAUCCAAAGCAGGAUCCACCAACAGCUCCCUCCACAGCAGCCGAAUGUAGCGUACCCAUGCCUAUCUAUGAAAACAUCCCCUGCUCCACAGGCACUGCACAUUCAAGAUACUCAGUUACAAACGUCCAAGACGCACAUGACAUCAGCCCUAGGAUCUACAUCAAACCUCUGCCACCUAUAUCUGAAAGAACUAGGGAAGGCUAUCUUAGAAAACACACAAAUAAACCUACAUCAAAUACAAAUGCAAUAAGCAGUUCUACAGAAAGCUGUACAAGCAGCGCAUCAGCUUGUCACUCCCGAUCUUACAAUGAUUGCACAGAAGUGAGGCCCACAUCACUUUGGUUUGGUUUGGAUUUAUCAGAAACAGCAUGAGUUACUCUCAAUGGUGUGAUUUUUAUGGAUAUUAAUGGACAACUGAACUGUACCUCCUCUGCUUGUCCAGUUAUAACCAACAUUUAUCUUUCACUUUGAGAGAAAAAAAUUGUAAAACCUUGCAAUAUUGUUAACCUAUGGCUUUUUACUGUCACAGACUUAAGAUAAAAUCUAAAUGGCACCGGAAAACACUUUUUAUUGUCUACCCUAUGUAUGUAGGUCACUGUGUGUGUGUGUGUGUGUGUGUGUGUGUGUGUGUGUGUGUGUGUGUGUGUGUGUGUGUGUGUGUGUGUG